AUGGCGAGCCAAACAGGUGCGAAGGAGGAGGCUCCGAUGCAGAUGAAGACGGCGAUUGUGCCGCAGUGGACGCGCUUCCUUGCCGGUGGCGUGGCAUCUGCUACCGCCGAACUCCUGACGCUGCCCAUUGACAUCACCAAGGUGCGGCUGCAAGCGCAGCGUUCUGGCCCCACCACGGGGAGCAAGCCGUUGGUGCAUUACAAUGGCAUGUUCCAUGCUGCGCAGACCAUGAUCAAGCAGGAAGGUCCCGGUGCGCUCUGGAACGGAGCUACGCCUGCGCUACUGCGCCAAGUUUCGUACACGAGUAUUUGUAUGGUGUUAUACGAACCAUUGCGUAACGCCUUCGGAGCCAACGCGAUUCAGGGAGCGAACCGUGAAGUUCCAUUCAUUAACAAGUGCCUGGCAGGAGGAUGUGCCGGCGCUAUUGGUAUCAGCAUUGCCAACCCUGUGGAUGUUAUCAAGGUGCGAAUGCAGGCAGAUCGCUCAGGAAAGCUCUACCGCAGUGUAGGUGAUGCAUUUGCCGUGAUUUACCGACGGGAAGGUAUGCGUGGAUUUCUCCGUGGCAUGCCGCCCAACAUUCAGCGUGGUUUUAUCGUGAAUGCUGCCGAGCUCAGCACUUACGACCACAGCAAGGAGCAAUUGAUCUCUUCUGGGUUGCUCAAGGAGGGCGUGUUAGCACAUACUGGUGCCAGUUGCGUGGCAGGCUUUGCUGGUGCGGCUGCAUCUAACCCAAUCGACGUGGUGAAAACGCGUCUAAUGAGCCAGCCAACCGACACGCAUGGCAAGGGGCUUCAUUACAGGGGCAUGAUGGACUGCGUGCGAAAGACGUUCAACGAGGGUGGCGCGAGCGCAUUUUACAAGGGCUUUAUCCCGAACUGGAUGCGGAAGGCGCCUUGGUGUAUCGUAUUCUUCGUCACGUACGAGAAAUACCGCGCAGCUCUGGCGCCCACUGACGGGCAGUAG